GUCUGACGUCUUCCUCUCUCUAGCUGCAAAUGAACAGUACGCGAGGGGGGUUUUCACGAUUUCUCCAUCGUUUCAAGCUCAAAUCUUGAGAUUUUUGGAGCCUUGGGUGCGCCUUCAGCUGGUGAAUCCAAUUAUGAGGUUAUUUCGCUGAUUUUGGUUACGGAUUUUGGUAGAUUUGAAGGUCAACGCUAUGCCCAACACUAUUCAUUCGCAAUUUUGAUUCUCUGAUGCAAUUCGAUUUGGGUAUUUUUGAUGACUAUCCUUCUGAGAUUCCGACUGGUUUGUAAUCCCCUUCCAUGUUAUGAAGGUGGAUUUCAACAUCUUCUGAAUUUUCUUUCGAUCUAAGGCAUUAUGGCAUUCGAAGUUACUGUUCACAGUGCGUCUGUGGAGCACGAUUACCCAGGAUUUUGCUCUUUUUUUGGCCAACCUUUUGUGGAUUCAUGAAUUUCGUUUGACAUAUUGUUGAUGCACUCAUGAAUUAAUUGCCUAGAAUUUAUGCCUUGCGCUGGGUGCUGUUUUAUGCUGGUAUUUUGUUGAUGCUUUAUCACGAACCAGCAUCCCAUUAGCCAUGAUGAUAAUGGCUUGGAGAUAUUGUAUGAAUUUUGCUUAAUAUCCUUGGAAAACAACUGCUGUAAAUAUGGGCUGGAUUUUGGAAUUUGCUGCUGAUUUUUGCACUUCUUGUUUGUGUGCUUCUGGUCCUGUCUACUGCCCCUGUAAAUGGAGCUCAAAACCUGGGUUUUUGCUGCUUUUUACACACUCCAUUGUUUGGGCUGCUUAUGUAAUUACAUGGUGGUAUUUUGGCACUGUUUUGGGGCUGUUAUAACCAAUUUGAGAUGCUGGAUUUUGAGGGACUAUUGGAAAUGCUGGGCUGCUGAUUUGAGGGACUGUGGGUGCAUUUGUGCAGUAGCUGCUGGGUAUAACCUUACCUUGGUUACCUCAUGGACAUUAUUAUUGAUGGUCAACCCUUUUUGUUUGAAUUGAUGGAGCUGUUUCGGGGUGAGUGGGCACAUUGUGGGCAGCAUAUGGGCAGAGAAUUGGAGCUGAGUUUGCAGCUGUUCUUUUCCUCCCGCUGCCCCUGGGUUUGCUUCAUAUGUAGAUCGUGUGGGCUGGACCUACUGCCCUUGAACUUCUUCAAGGGAAUUGGAGAUUCAUUGGUGGGGGGCUGAUCCAGUUUGCACUCUUCAAGGGCUGCCGAUGCCCAUGGUUUUGCCUCAGCUGUGGAGCUGUUUUGUGAGAGAUGAAUACAAGUGGGUUGGCUGUUUGUGAAUCACUUAGCAGAGCUGCUGGCCUAACAUAUUUGGACAGUGGUGCGCUGGAAUGAAGUUGGUUUGACAAUGGAGCUGAAUCUCUUGGGCAUGAUGGUCUAAUUGGUUAGCUUCUGAUGCCCCUGGUUUUGCCUCAUUUAUUGAGGUAAUACCAACUGUUUUGGAUGGGCUUCUCACGCGGUUUUGCCUCAUGAUGGAGGUAAUACCAUUUCGAUUGGGGUUGAGUUUUAUGUUGUAUUUUGCCUCAAUGAUCCUGCUGGCAGGCUGCCUAAGCUCUUUCUCACCCUUUCGGUUGGGGCUUUUGGAGGAGCUUGGGUUAUCUCGGCCAACAAGCGCAUCUUGUGGCUGAAUUGGCUUUUUCUCGGGUCUUGUUUUUGCGGGGAGUGUGUUUUCGCUGGAUCCUGCCUAUCCACGUCUUGCUUCUGAACUCAAAUCGAGGCUAAUUGUGGAUGAAGGCUUAUGGGACAACCUAGUGAACUUGCGCCUUGUCUUUAUGGGGACGCUUGCCAAAUACCUUGGGGGAACUCUGACCAUAGACCUGGGGAGGGGUUUGUAUGGCAGAGUGUGUGUCUCUCGGGUCACUUUAGAGGUUAAGCUGUCUGCCUUAACGAGGGUGGACACCUUUUGGCACUCGGGGACUGGCCCCUUGGCAUGCCGGUGGAUAGCAUCAACCUCGUUGAUGGAUGAUGGUGACUAUUGUAAGAUUAACAUUUCACUCGCCUCUUUUGGAUGCAUGAUAUUGAAUGAAGAACUUUGAAGCUGGUUUUGAAUCUUGAUUGAGCGUUUUUUCGUACUGGAUCCUUCGGGAGGGAGUAUAUAUGGGUGGUUUGUGCUGAUACCCCCAAUAUAUGCUCCCUCCAUGCUCUUGCUUUGCCUACCGUACUAUUGCCGGGAUGAUGCAUGGUACUCGUAGCUGGAAGCGGAUUCCACAAGAGCCGGGACGUGGUCCACUAUGAUGAAGUGGGACCACAUUGAUGUUUUAGU